AUGAACCCUCCCCCUCCUCCUCCCCCUCCACCCCCACCGCCUCAUGGGCACAGUGCUGGCAAUCGAAAUGGUCUUCCCGAGGGCAACUACGACAUCUUCAUAAUACCACCACACUCGUCCGGCGGUGGCUUCAUAUACCUACCAUCUCUGCAGCCUCAUCUGAACAGCUUCCUGGCUGGCGUUGCCUGCACUUUGCUGGGUGUUACCUUUUGGAUCAUUGUCUUACCAGUGUUCAAAGAGUGGUUCUCAACCAUAGUGGCUGGUGGUGGGAUGUCCGUCAUGAUACUCUUACUAGCAGUGGGAGUUGCGGGCUGGGCUUGGGGGAAGACCCAGAUACAAGCUGGAGGUCCAGGACAAGGAGGUACUGGUGGGGCGCCCAAGACGCAUAUGCCUGGACACUCAGCUGGAGGUCCUGCUCCUGGUCCCACUCCUGGAUUCACUCCUGGUCCCACUCCUGGAUUCACUCCAGGUGCAACUCCCGGGUUCACUCACGGUCCAAAUCCUGGCUUCACCCCGGGCCCUGGAUUCACUCCAGGAUACACUCCCCCUCCAGAACCGCGACCGCCACCCAAGCCUACGUGGCAACGAGCUAAUCCUGCACCAAAUGGAACAGCGAAGUCAGUGUGGGAGAAGGCCAGGGAGGAGACAAGGAAAAAGGAGGAGGAGCGGAAGAAAGCCGAAGAGUUGCGGAAAAAGAGGGAGGAUGAUGAGAAAGAGCGAAUUAAACAAAGGGAAAAAGACGCACGAGAAAGGGAGGUCCGCGAGGCACGAGAGAAGAGAGAAAAGGAAAGAGCACAGGAAAGAGCACAGGAAAGAGCACAGGAACGAGCACAGGAGCGAGCACAGGAGAGAGCACGACCAGCAUCUCCCACCAAAGAACACCGACAUCCAACCGCAAAGACCGCAACAGAAGAUGAUGCCUAUUCGUACAGGCCUUACGACGAGCCGAAACGAUCUACAAAGACGGCUACCGCUUCGUCGAUAUAUUCCGAGUCCUCAUACGCACCCUCACAAUCGACCAGUCGGACAACACCACCACCUUCUCAUCGAGGCCCAUAUCGUUGCAAAGAUCCCGAUAAGAUUGUUCUCAAGGCAGUGUAUUCAUUCAAUAACACAUUCACCAAAGUUCCAAUUUCCAAAUUGGUCUCUGGAGUGGGCGCCGUAACAGAUGGUCUCAUUCUCCGAAUUACAACCGAAGGUCUCUUUAUUGACGACGACGUGAGAGGCGUUCCCCAGCGGGAAUGGGAUGUCAAGGCAUGGACUUUGAAAUUGGUAGAGGUAUGGUGUCCCCACCUACACGCGUUGGGAGCAAUUUCUGGCUCCACUCCCGCAACGCGCAAUGCUCCAACUGGUUCUUCUGGAUUUUUUUCCAAGAAGUGGGCUUCCAAAACUCCUUCUGCCGAAGAGUCUGAGUCUUUCGUUGAAGCGUCUUCGCGUGCUUGCAAACCCUACCUGUCUGGAUCUUCAGGUGCUUCUUCUUCAUCGAUACGAACGAAAUCUGACGGCAGUGUUCUAUCACAGAGCGGCGAGUUCAAAGGGCUGCACGUCCUCAGAGCAAAUAUAAGAGAUCAGGAAGGCAAAAAAUAUGUAUUCAUCCUGCAAGAAGAAGAAGGUUGGAAGGUCGCAGUUGGGCUGCAACGACUCCGGAGAGGGACGCAAGUCAGAGCAUUAGGAGUGAGUGGUAUGGCCAUCAACGAGACGAAGGCAAUCUUGGAAAACAUGGGGUGGGCAUGA